AUGGGCGAGACGGUCCUGUACACUACCGUGUGCUGCGAGAACACGCCGAAGGGCGACGGGUCGUUUGUGCCGCUGCAGGUCAACUAUCAGGAGCGCUUCAGCGCCGCAGGCCGCACGAGCGGCUCUUACCUGAAGCGCGAGGGCCGCCCCAAGGACGACGACGUGUUGGUGGCGCGGCUGGUGGACAGGCCGCUGCGGCCCAUGUUCGACAAGGGUUGGUCGAACGACACGCAGGUGCUGCAGUGGGUGCUGUCUUAUGACGGCGUCAACCAGCCGGAGCCGCUCGCCAUCACGGCGGCCGCGGCGGCGCUCAUGGUGUCGGACAUCCCCCUGAAGAAGGCGGUGGCCGGCGUGCGCGUGGCGCUGCUGGGGGAGGGCCUGUGGGUCGUCAACCCCACAGCCGUGCAGAUGGCCGCCAGCCGGCUCGACCUGGUCAUGGCGGGCACCAAGGAUGCGGUGCUCAUGAUCGAGGGCUUCUGCGACUUUUUGUCAGAGGAGCAGAUGAUCGAGGCCGUCGGCGUCGGCGAGCGGGCGAUCAGCAAGAUGUGCGCCGAGAUGGAGGAGUGGGCCGCCAAGGUCGGCAAGCCCAAGCGGACUGACAGGGUGCUGCUGCCUGCUGGCCUUGAGGAGCGCGUGAUUGCCCUCACGCGGGACGCAGUGGAGGCCGCAUACAGGGCGCCCACUGCCAAGGACGUCCGGACCGCAGCCGUUGAGGCGGCGCGGUUGGCCAUGGUCGCCGCCAUAGAGGCGUCUGGGGACUUCCCUGGGGUGACAGACGUGCAGCUCCAGAUGGCGUUCAAGGCGGCCGAGUCGUCGGUGAUGCGCGGCCUCGUGCUGCGGGAGGGCACGCGCGCCGACGGCCGCGGCGUGACGGACGUGCGACCCAUCACCAGCCGCGCGGCGCUGCUGCCGCGCACGCACGGGAGCGCGCUGUUCACGCGCGGGGAGACCCAGGCCCUCUGUGUCGCCACGCUCGGCACCGCCGCGGACGCCCAGCGCAUCGACGGCAUCCGCUCCGCCGCCUCCGACAGCCUCGCCGGCGACAGCGACAGCGAGAGCUCCGGCCCUGGCGCCGCCGCCGGCCGCGCCAAGGACGCGUUCGAGACGUUUUAUCUGCAGUACUUCUUCCCGCCGAGCUCGGUCGGCGAGACGGGGCGCGUCGGGCCCGCAGGCCGCCGGGAGCUGGGCCACGGUGAGCUGGCGCAGCGGGCGCUGGAGGCCGUCAUCCCCUCCAAGGAUGACUUCCCCUACACGGUGCGCGUGGAGUCCACCAUCACCGAGAGCAACGGCAGCAGCAGCAUGGCAUCCGUUUGCGGCGGCUGCCUGGCGAUGCUCGACGCGGGCGUGCCGCUCAAGGAGCCCGUGGCCGGCAUCGCAAUGGGCCUCAUCCUGGAGCCCGACGGCUCUUUCAAG